UGUGUGUGUAAUAUGGCCGUGUGACGAUGGCAUCCAUUGUAAGGAUUCCCGUACGCUGCAGGUGUCGUGCGGAAUGCCAGUGCUAAAGCGUCCCUCGAGACGGCCGCAGGAUAUUGUCCUUACGCGGAUGUGUAUCUGCUGAGUGUGUCCUAUCUUGUGUGUGUGUUUGUGCCUCUAAUGGCAGCAAAUGUUUGAAAAAAUAAAAAGGGCAACAAUACAAUAGCGCAGUCAGCCACAGCCUCCUUGUGCUACUGUGCUUGUGGUAGAGCAACAUCCGCCCAAGGAGAUAGAGAGGGAGAGGAAGAGAAAGCCCACACGGGAUUGAAGUCACCAACGACAACGACGAAGACGACGCACACAACAUCAUCAAAAUGGGGCUACUGUUUGCAAAAAUCUGGAGCUUAUUCGGCAACGAAGAACACAAGCUCGUCAUGGUGGGUUUGGACAAUGCCGGCAAGACAACCAUCCUGUACCAGUUUCUAAUGAACGAAGUCGUCCACACCAGCCCAACGAUUGGAUCGAACGUGGAGGAGAUCGUGUGGAAAAAUAUUCACUUUCUCGUGUGGGAUCUGGGCGGCCAGCAGAGCUUACGGGCGGCCUGGAGCACGUACUACACAAACACAGAGUUCAUCAUCAUGGUAAUAGACUCAACCGAUCGCGAACGGUUAGCGGUGACACGUGAGGAGUUGUACAAAAUGCUGCAGCACGAAGACUUAACGAAGGCUAGUUUAUUAGUGUACGCAAAUAAGCAGGAUCUAAAAGACUCGAUGAGUGCAGCUGAAAUUUCCAAACAAUUAGACCUUACCUCCAUCAAGAACCACCAGUGGCACAUACAGUCCUGCUGUGCGCUCACGGGCGAAGGCUUGUACCAGGGAUUAGAAUGGAUAGCGCAAAGGAUCAAGAAGAAAUGACACCCACCUGUGUAAAAGCUCUGCAGCUAUGUGAACCCCGUGGGGUCGACCGGCACCGGUAGCGCUUUGCUCGGCGAUUCUAUUGUUAUUCCGUAUGGAGUAUAUGGAGAGAUGGGCAAAUAGAAACCCACAAAAUCAUAACCAAACCAAGCGCCUGUGACGACGUUUGGCAAGGGUAUGCUGGGCAGUAGGAAAACCCCUCCACCUUCUGCUCUCCAUUCAAACCAUACCGAAGGCUAUCGAAAUGGUCGGCGGAGGAGACGUGUAAUUAGCGAAACGAUCCAUCAAAAACUCUAGACCGGGUAAGAGCACGGUAAAUGAGAUUGUACAGGUUUAAUUGUUGUUGUUGUUGUGCCGAAUCCGAUCAUUCGCGGCUCGCACACCGAAGGUAUGAUCAGCGAGCCACUAACACACACACACAAUUGGUGUAAGAUAGCGAUAACUAAUUUGCAGCAUAACUUUAAGCGCUAAGAGAAGCGAGAGAAAAGUAAAGUGUUGUUAUGCGGAGUAAUGUGAGGCGCUCCGCGCUUAUUUUUAUUUGCAGUUCGUUUUGAGGUGUGCCGGGGAAAUACUACGACUGUGAAACGACUAAGACGUAAGGGAAUGUUAGCUUAAAGAUAAACACACUCAAACGAUUGACGAUAAAGCAAAGGGGGGAGGAAGAGGAAUCCUGCUGCAUCCCAGGGUGCUCCCAGAGCUAAAAAGACACCCCUCAAUUAACACCUGAUGUAGAGAUAAACGUUGUAUAAAACUAGCCAAAUGUAAUACGAUCGUACAGGAGCACAGGGGACUGUUCGGUGUAACAGUGCUGCACAGAGGAGGAGAGACACACGGAAAAUUUGAUCUUUUCAUUAGCAAAAUUUCAUGCAAAAUGUAUACAAUGUUAAUUACGACACAGGUGAAUACUUUAAGUUAGUGCAAAAAGGAUUCAAAGUGCAUCAUGCAAAUUCCAAGAACUCAGUAGCCAAAUCACUACCAUGCGGAGGCAGAAUAGAGGGGAAAAUGCAGGACGAUGCAGGAAGGUAAGAGUGAUAUUGAUGCGGACGAAAAGACACAUCGCGUCUCCUCCGGCGGGCAGGGAUUACCUAUGGGGAAGAGUAAAUUAUCUCACAAGGAAUCCAAUCCGACGAGUGAAAAGGGCAAGAGCUUUAGGAGGAGAGAGGGAUGCAUUUUAUUACUUUAAAGCAGUGUUUCCGAUGUAUAGUUUUAUCCUUGCGUUUGCUUACGUAUUACAUCAAUAAUCGGUCGUGGAUAACAGUGAAGAUGGCUUUGUUUUUGUACAUUUUGAGCGUUAUACUGCUAGCAAAGAACGAGAAGACAGGCAGAGGAUUAAGCGUUUGAGUGAGGGUGUAAAUCAAAUCCUACCGUGCGUUUACUUGUUGCUCGACGUAGGAGGACGGUUCAGUGUGCGUGUGCGAGUAUGUAAGGGUGGGUGUGUAAGCGCUACUACUUGAAGUCGAAUGAAUGAGAAUGAGAGAACUACUUACAUUAUAUAUAGUUAAAACAAAUGAAAAGUAACAAAAUAUAUAUAUACAUGUACGUAUCGAAAGAACCUCUAACAACACAA